AUGAUAAACGGUAAGCUGGAAAAUGCUACACCAACAGUAUAUGCUCGGAAACCUCGCGAUAGGAAAUUAUCAGACUCCAUUUUUGAUCCUAACGUGAUAGAAGCAAUCGAUGCCGGAGAAAUUUUUGACUACAUAAAGGAUAUAAAUGAUCCCGAGCAUCCUCUUACUCUCGAACAAUUAAAUGUUGUACAGGAAGAACUCAUUACAGUUGAACAAAAUGAUGAAGAAACAGUUGUCACUGUUACGUACGUUCCCACAAUACCGCAUUGCUCUAUGGCUAUGUUAAUUGGUUUAGCAAUACGAAUCAAAUUAUUACGAUCUCUGCAUCCAAGUGUGAAAACGGUAGUACAAAUAUCAGUAGGGAGUCAUGUCUCUGAAAGUGCAAUAAACAAGCAGCUAGCAGACAAAGAACGAGUGGCAGCUGCGCUUGAGAAUUCUGACUUAUUAAAAGCUAUAUUAGAGUUUAGAAGAUUAAUGGUAAGUAGCUCAUUCACAGUAAUGUGCUGGAAUGAUUACAGGGUAGCGAUGGUUCUGAGAAUAAUUUGCAAAACCAUAGCAAUUAUAUCAGUACGGUGUUACUCAGGAGGAAAAAAAGCAAGUGCAACACUGAAAUAUUUGCAAAGGCAGUGGUCUGAUGAGUUUUCUAGAAAAGCUCGUGAACAUUCAUACAGAGCCAGAAGUGCUUAUAAAUUGUUGGAGAUUAACCAAAGAUACAAAAUUAUCAAGUCUGGGAUGGUAGUUGUGGAUGUUGGAGCAGCGCCUGGAUCAUGGUGUCAGGUAGCUGCUGAUAUCGUCCAGCCGAGUGUGCACAGUGAUGCUUUUAUUCUAGGAAUAGACGUGCAGCCAGUAGCACCUCUUUCGGGUGUGAAUUUUUUGGACCUCUCAGACAUUACCGCUCCGAAGACUCAUCAACGCAUAAAGGAACUUCUGAAUGGAAGACUUGUUGAUGUUGUAAUUAGUGAUAUGGCUCCAAACCCUACUGGUGAUAAACGUACUGAUCAUGAACGAAUCUUGUCCCUUUGCGGAACAGUAUUGGAACUCGUCGUGGAAAAGCCAGUGAUUCCUUUGGUUAGGAAUGGGGCAUUUCUUUGCAAAAUAUGGAAUGGACCAAGAAGAGAAGAAUUUACUGCGUAUCUUAAACGUUAUUUUAAAGAAGUGCAUACAGUUAAGCCAAAAGCUAGUCGUGAUAAUAGUUCAGAAGUGUUUUUAUUAGCAAUGAAAAAGUUAUCAUGA